AUAUUAUAUGUGAUUAUUAUAUAUCCGUGGCUUCUGUAAAAUGCACAUACUGUGUUGUAUGAUUAGGCAGCCGAUAUGUCUUUGGUCGUAAACGAUAAGAUAAACAAUAAUAAUAAUCAUAAUAAUUUACUAAAAUAUUGCUUUGUUUUGUAUUCAGUAGUAUUUUUCGGUUUUUAUUAAUCUGUUUAUUACAUCGCCCGUAGAAUAUUCAUUAUACCGCCAUAUUUAAUUUGCUUCCUAUUUACUCUAGGAGUUUUUAUAUUUUAUAUUUUUAUAUUUUAAUGGAUACAACCAAUGAUAAAAGACAUUCCACUGGAAGCGAACAGUCAUCUGUUAGGCUUCACAUGACUACUCCAAGAACAUUUUCAAAUCAAUGUCACCUAUUGAAUAAAGGAGCGAUUGAUUGGUCUGAAAAUGGACUUUUAGCCUAUGGGUCCAAUAAUCUAGUUGUAAUUGUUGAUACAGAUAAAGUCAUUCCAGUUCAAUGUUUUACUGAUCAUAAAGCUCUAAUUAAAAAACUUUUGUGGGUUCCAUUUGAUUCUAUUUCUGGAGCAACAUCUGAAUUAGUAUCGGCAGAUUGUGCUGGUGAUAUUGCACUGUGGGAUGUCUGUCGCGGUAGAUGUAUUUCGUGGAUUGACUCAGAACAAUCAAAACCUGUCAAUUGUCUUGAAUGGGUGCCAUCAUCACUAAAUAAUGAUUUACUGUUAGGUGUUUUACAUUCACCCAACACAUUUUCAAUAAUGGAUGUACGUAAAGGUACUCGACUAUGGAAAAAAACAUUUUGUGACACAAUUAACAGUUUUGCUUUUGAUCCAUUUUAUUUAAAUAGAGUUGCUUUCCUGUGUCCAGAAUGUAUUUUAUUUUUUGACAAUUUUGAUCGGAAAAACUCACUUAGUGGUAAUGGACGUAAAUUUUACAUAUCAAAUACUGCGGCAGGUGAGAAUUCUACUGUAUCUGAUGAAUCUACUCGCCCUAGAACAAGAUUUAAAAGACUGAUGAAAGGUUUAGUAUUAGGGGAAAGUCAAACUAAGGUGGAUGGUUCAUUAACGGUUUCCGAUUGUAUUCAAUUUGCAUAUCAUCGUGCACUACGAAAUCAUAUACUUUUAAUGUAUCAACAUGAUAUAUUGAUUAUUGAUCUGUACAUUAGUAUGACAGUUGGUGUAAUCAGUAUUGAUCGGUCAUUUUCUCCAUUUUGUCAGAUGUAUUCUUGUCGACAACGUGAUAUAAUAUAUUGUCUUCAAGAAACUGGAAGUUUAUCCUUAAAAUUAAGACGUAAACCUAUAGCUAAUUAUUUAAUGUCUCCUAUGGAUGCUUCUCCUGUAACUGUUGCUGGCAAUGAUUCUACUACAGACACAUAUCUGUGGUAUGAACAUAGAAUUCAAAGUGAAAUCAUCAGACAACCCAAAAAUUCUAAAGUUCUUGGUUUGGCUGUUUGUCCGAUUACUGAAAAAAAUUGUGCAAUACUGUUAAGUAUGGGUAAAAUUAUAUUUUUUGAACUUGAAAAAGUUAUGACUGCAUCCAACGAUGUUUCAUUUUACCUUGGACGACGUGACAACCAUAACAUUUCAUUGAGUAACAUUUUUCCUUCAUUCAAUGAUACCCAAGGGUUGAUUCCAAAGGUACGUUUAUAUUCCCGUGGAAUGCUUCCUAGUCUGGAGUCUUCAUUAACUGUUAUUAAAUAUUGUCCACCACUGACAUCAGCCACAAGAUCUAAAUAUAAACCUCUUUUGGCUGUAGGCACAAAUUCUGGGAAUCUAGGUAUUUUUAAUUUAGCUACCGGAUUACUGAUGAAAGAGUAUCACGUACAUUCUCAUCCUCUUAGAGGUAUUGAAUGGAUUAGUCAUCGUUAUAUAAUAUCUUGGUCAUUUUAUUCAUAUACAUCUAAUACUAAAAGCCAAGUUAUUAUAACUGAUAUUCAGUGUGGGCAGUCUACACCAGUACGCAUAAAUAAAAUAGACGAGCCUCAUGUAUUAUUUGUCAAAGUAUCACCAUUAAAACAGUAUUUUGUGAUUGGAAUUAAAGAUGGACCUGUAGAAAUUUGGGAUUUAAAAUCAAUGUCAUUAUUAAGUAAAAUGUCCAAAAGGUUUCCACCAGCAGUUUGCAUGGAAUGGGUUCAAUGUAAUAUGUCUAAAGGUAAAAACAAUAACUCAACAACUCCUAUAAUUGAAGAAGAUGAAACUGGAUUAAAAUACCCAGAACAUUUGUUGAUAUCUGAUAUAGCUGGCAAUCUUUAUGCUUUCUUAAUAGAUUCAAAUAGUUUUUUGAAACCGGGUACCUUGAUAGAGCCUGAGAUUUUAUUAAAAUCUCCUGUUUAUCUUACAUGUAAGUUAAAUAUUGCACUUCAAGUAGACUGUGAUGGAAAUUUAUUUGUUUGGGAUUUAAGUAACCACUUGGAUAAACAAAAACAUCACAUUAACCGUUCGGAAAUUCACAAAUUGAAAUUUGCUCCUGGAGCUGGUAAUUUCCGAUUUUUAUGUCUAUCAUCAGAUGGCAUAGACAUUUAUAAUGUUUUUGGAUCUCCACAAUCUAUUGAGUUAAUUUCUACCAUAAAAGCCGAUAAAAAAUUACCAGUUGUUGAUGCUGAUUGGGCUAGUGCAGAACAUUCUGUCAUCAUGUUCAGUGAUUAUUCCAUAAGAGUAUUCGACCUUAAACUCAUCAAAUCCUACUCUUCAAUAUAUAAUUAUGAAUUUGAUGAUUUACAAGGACCUCCUGUAAUUUUAGAUCGUGAUUUAUGUAAGAUGUUUUAUUUUUGGCUUUCUGCUACAUGUAAAAAAGUGUACAGCACUGAGUUUGGUUUUAAUAACUAUGAGUUAUCACUGAUUAAAAAUGCUUGUCAUUCUCUGCCAUGGACUGAAUUAGAAUUAUGUACAAAAGUAGCUGAAAGAGCUCUUGUAGUAUGUCAAUCACUUGGUUUAAAGAAUGAAGUUCAAUUUUGGACUGUAGCUCUUCAUUACAUUAUGAUGGGUGAUGACUUUGCCACAAGUGUAGUUCCUCCUUUAGAUUCCUGUUACGAUGUUGUUUGUGAUUGUGCUACAUAUCGUAAAAUACAAAUGGACCAAGUUUUGUUACAUGAAUGGAAAAGUGGAGACCAUAUGCACAUGAGACGUGUUGUUGAUAAAUUUAUAUUGCUUGGUGAGAAAGCAAAAGCAUUAGACUUGCUUUUAGCAACUAAUGUAAACGAUCCAAAUUAUUAUACAGAUGCAUUAAAGGCUUGUUUAAUUGCUACUGUGGAUUCUAACACUACUAAUCAAAGUACUCUUAAAUUGGUUGCUGCUAACUUCAUAGCAGAAAAUAAAAUCGAUGAAGGUAUUCAGCUGUUAUGUAUGAUUGGCAAAGGAACACAAGCAUGCCGCUACUUGAUAUCAUAUAAUUUGUGGGAACAAGCUGUAUGGUUAGCAAAGUGUACAUUAUCAAAAGAUGAUCUUGAUACAGUUUUAAAAAGUUGGGCUGAUCAUUUACUGUCCAAUAGAAAUCAGGAACUAGCUAUUUUGGUAUUAUUAUCAAUAAAAAGGUACAAUGAAGUAUUGAAAAUUUUGAUCAAUAGCGAUCGUACUUAUCGAGCUGCACUUUUGGUAUUGGCUUGUCAACAAAACAAUAUAAAUCUUGAUAGUUCUAUCGAAAAUGAAGUAUGUGAAAAGAUUAAACGCGAAAUGUAUAUUAAUGGAGGUGAUGGUGAUAUUGUGGUCAAACUUUUUGCUACUACAAAUUGUAGAACAAAACAAAUGCUGUGAUAAGUAAUUGUUAUUUAUUUUACUAUUUUAUAUUAGACUCACAUUUUAAAAUUAUUGCUUUGUACACAUUUUGUCUAAGUACAAUAUCAAAACAAAAUAGCAAAUACAUAAUUACCUGACCUUAUAUCUUACAUUUUGUAUUAC